CAAUGGAUGGAACAGACCGUCGCAUCAACGGCUGCGAUGACGUAGCGGCAAUCAACCGAUCAAUCAGGUUCUUUUCCAAGCAAGCUGCGUCUUGAUGAGGUCGGGAUCGGGAUCGGGAUAGUUUUUGCAGGCAGGUGGAGAGGCUCGAGGCUUGAUGCCAGCGGUUUGCUGACGUGGCAGAUGCAGUCAACUCUAUUUUGAACUGGAGGCCGAGGCGGCAAGGAAAAGGGACGGGAAGGGAAGUCUCUUUUUUUUUUUUUUCCUUGUUUUUUGAAAGGCUGGAAGGGAAGCCUCUGAUUGAGGCAGGCGCGGGCUUUCCACGCCACGUGUCGUUUCGGAAACAGGGGUCAUGGCAAAACCAAAUGAGAGUUCGAAGGGUGGUGGUGGGGGCAAAAGGCCUAUUUCAGAGAAGAAGGGGGCUACGCAAACCCAUCUUACGGAAGAGGACAGAGCCCUGGAGGAGGAGAGCAGGCGGCUUUUGCGAAAGGCAACUGCUAUUGGAGGACUGUCUACAGUUAAAUCUUCUGGUGCAUCCUUGUUAAAGCCUGCUAAGACGAUUUUGAAGUGUGAUGGAAAAGAUAUUGUGAAGAAGGGCCAGAGGAAGAGCAAGUACCUCUUUUCGUUUCCAGGUCUUAUGGCUCCCGUCGCCGCUGGAAAAUUGGGGGAAUUAGCACAUCUCGACUCGCAAAACCCAGUCUUGUAUAUUGAUUUCCCUCAGUCGUGCUGGGUGGGGAAAAAAGAGGACAAUCCAGAAGAAUUCCCCCUGGAGAUGCCUGAAGAUCUUAUAAAGGAGAAAGUACACUCGGAAUUCAGCUAUGCAGGCGGUGCAGGGUGUCGACCGGGCGACGAAGUUAAGCCCGGCGAGGAAGUUAAAACCAAGGCUGUGGCUUCUUCGGGAAGGGCGGCGGCGCCAAUCAAGCCGCGAUUGACGAGUCCAGUCGCCAGCAAAGCUCUGAGUUCCCCUGAGAAGUCGAAAGGGAGAAAAGACGGCAGAGAUGACAGCGAUGAUAGUGAAAUUCAGGGGAUGGCGAGCGAUAUGCUGGAGGCGUUUUCAGGUCCUCGCCGCCAAUCGCAGCGCGCGACUCGCAGGAUCAGCUAUGCAGAAGAGGAGGCGGACAAUGAUGAUGCCGAAGACGUCAACGAGAGAGAAAAUAGUGAUGAUGACGAUGAUGAUGAUGAUGAUGAUGAUGAUGAUGAUCAGUCUACAGCUAAACGGAGGACGCCAGUAAAGCGAAAAAAGAAAGAACUCGACGAUGGAUCGCCUGGCGGAGGGUCGGUACAACCUCCAGCGAAGUCGCCAAAGAAAGUUAGCAGCUUGAAGGGAUCGGAUAAGCCACUCUCAAAGGAAGAUGACAAAGACAUGCCAGAUCAGAACAAUGACGAGAUGAUGGAUAAGGAUGAUGAUGGCGCAGUGGGUGACGACCAAGCGUGCGAGGAUGAUGAUGGCGCAGCCAGUGACGAUAGCAUAGAUCAGCAAGUGGACGAGGAUGAAGAUGACGAGGAUGAAGAUGACGAGGACUGGGAAGGAUAGCAUCAUGGCGUGUGCCAUGUUGUAGUUUGCAGCAUUUUUCCCAGGCCCGGAAAGUAGGCAGUGACAAUGCGAUCAAGCUGAUGGGUACUUGCCAUGCCCUCGCUUGUCGGACGGAGAGUCGAUCAGGCUUCUGAUCUUCAUUCCUCCUGAGUCGUCAGCUGCAGGAUUAAGCGGACGCGCCACGGACAACUGUGAAGUGAAGGGAUGUGGGUGUAUCCUUGAAGAGAUUUCCAGUGGCCACUUUGUCUGUGCGGGUUAUACCCUACCCUAGGCUACCCUCGUGUAGGGUACCCUACCCGAGGGUAUACUCUACCUGAAGGUAUACGCUACCGUGGGGUAAACCCACGGUACCCUACCCCAGGGUACCCCACCCGAGGGUAGAGUACCCGAGGGUAUACCCUACCCGAAGGUAUACGUUACCGUGGGGUAAACCUAGGGUAUACCACUGGGCAUCCUUGACGGGGUUUCCGAUGGCCGCUUUGUUUGUGCGCCUUUUCUGAUUCUGCGGCAGCGUCCACCUUUUUAUGUUUAGGAGAAAUUAGGACCCUUUACCACACAGCGUAGCGUGGCUGUCAUCACCGUCGCCUUUCAGUUAUGCAAUGGCUUGCUGUUGUAUCUGUGUCUCACUCGUGCCUGAUGGUUGUGUUUACACCGUACCUUUCGAUGGUCAGCGGAGUCUAUUCAGAACGACUUGUCGUUUUCUCGGCAUUUGUCUCUCAAUUGCUGCUUUGUUCAUGAGGUAUGCCAUAUAUUUUAAUGAGGAGUGUGUGCCCGUAUCCGGUCGGCUUUACUGCCAUAUCAGCUCGUCCACUUUUCGUGUUCGUGUUCAUACAAGCGGAAGCAAUUUGAAAACUUCUCUCAAGCCACUGGCCUGUGCUGCAAGCAGUCAUAUGAUGACGCUACUGACGAGCCACGAUGCUACUGACAAGCUGGCAGCAUGUGCUCGCUGCCAGCUCCAGCUAUCAGGGCGGUACUGAGGCGAUUGAGAAAGAGAGAGCGAGGAAGGACGAAGAGGCUCUCGGCAAAAUUGAGUCAGCGCACCUCGGGUGUCACCAGCAUAAGCCUGACUGCAGAACAGCGAGCUGGCGCUUUUUUUUUUUUUUUUUUUUUAAAAAAAACACCCCCACCAGUGUUAGUGCAGAUGGGUAACCACGACAGUUGCGCUUAUGGUGUGCGCACUGUGCUCACAAAUUUUGACAGAAGAGGGCGGGCGGGUUUUUCGGCAUGUGUUUAUUAACUGGGGUAGUCAGUCUCAGAGGGGGGGAGGGGGUUGUCUCCAGAGCGGGGAGGGUAGUCGGUCGGUCCAUCCUAACUGGGGUGGUCUCACCGGGAAAGGGGGUUGUCUCCAGAGUGUGGGCUAGUCUGUUGGUCAAUCCUUCCUGAAGGAAGCAAUCAAUGCCGACAAGGGUUCCCCGGACCGUAACGUGGGGAAAUCAUACAGUUGAGUGUACUGUACAUGGCUGUUCCAGGGACGCUGGGCCCGGGUCCCAGCAGGUGCCCCCCCCCACCAAUAGACUGGGGCUCCUUGUUCGAAGGGGGGGGAAAGAAAAAAAGAAGGGACUCAGCACAAUGAAUGUGCAGCUUUGGG